ACCCGCCAACUUGCCGUUUGCUGCGUGCCCAGAAUUGCUGCACGGCCAACUGUGCGCCCCUAGCGCCAUGUCGACCGCGCUACUGCUCGCAGCGGAUAGCUCGGACAGCAGUGAGGACGGCAGCUACGUCGCGCACGAGGAGUCGGAGUCCGACGAUGAGAUCGAGGAGCCGGCGGCGCCCGAGCGCCCGCGAUCCGCGGCGGAGCUCAUCGCGGCGCUGGAGGAUGCUCCGGACGAGGAGAUUCGGGCCAUGAUGCGCGAGGCGCGACCGCUGCGAUCGCCUCCCGCCCUGCCCCAAGACCUGCUGGCAGCCUUCAAGAGGCGCACAUCAGAUCUACGCGUGCUCAGAGUCGGAGCGGCUUUAAACGUGUGGAUUUUGUGCGACGCGAUAGUUACGGCCCGCGCGCUGGAGGUUACGGUCUUCGAUCUCUUCGUCCUCGACGAGCACGUCGUCCUGCUGUCCGUGCGCGCCGCCACGGUGACGCUGUACGCCUACGACCGUCAUGUGCUAGAAUCAGCGAUGGAGCAGCACGGGCGACUCACUCUCGGGACCGCGGAACGGGUCGAGCUGAACCCUGCUAUCGUGCCCGUCGCCGAAGAAACGCUCUUCACGAGUACGCAGGACUUUUUCAUAGAAGAGAAAAUCUUGUCGUACGUGCGGUACUUCGAGUCAGAUGAGGACGGCUGCUGGCAGGUUCCAUGGUUGCCCCUCGCGGACGGCAGCUACCGCUACGAUCGCGCCGAGCAAAUAGUCUCGACGCCCGGUCGGAAUGUGAUACGCGACGAAGGAGAGGAGGCGGAGCAGUUUCUAGCGAUGGCAAAUGUCUUUUCUGGCGACCUGAGCGUGUUGUAUCGGCUGAAAGCGCUGGAGGAGCUCUACACCUACCCCGUACCAGGAACACCUCCCUCGUUCCGCCUUCACACGAACGCCGUCUCGCCGCCCGGCGCGCUCCGGCGCGGACGGAAUUGGGCGCGCCGCAAGCAGCUCGUGCUUCUUCGCGCGCUCGAGGCCCGCGGCCCGCGCCGCGCGACGACGAAGACUCCCCUGGCGCGCUUCCUCUGCCGGAUCUGCCCCGAGCCCCAGUUCCGCGACAUCAUCGGGCGCCUGUGA